AUGGAUGAUACAGUCAACAUGGGACUGCGCUUCAUCCUGCAGCAUCUGAACAAAACAGGGACUUAUGUGAGGAUCUUGUUUGUGGACUUUAAAUUUGAAACUCCAUGGAGAAACACUAGUUGGGGGAAGCAAAAGAAGGACUCCUUAAUACAAACCAUAAAAGAGAUCAAACCAUGCAAAAAUGAUCUGAAAUACUUAAGGAUCUUAACUGUCGGCCCAAAUGGUUCAGGGAAAUCAAGUUUCAUAAACUCUAUUAAUAAUGCCUUCAAAGGACGGAUAACCAGCGAUGCACUGAGUAAUACAAUUGGUAGUACGAGUUUUACAGUUGACUAUACACCAUAUGAAAUUGAAACUGGCAAUUCCAGUUUGACUGUAGUCAUCAAUGAUGUCAUGGGUCUGGAAAAAGGAUUUAGGCAAGGAUGCCCUCUGGAGGACAUCAUCAAUGCCAUUAAUGGUCAUGUCAAAGAAGGACAUGAGUUUAAACCAGAAAAACCACUAUCUUCAGGUGAUCCAGACUACAUUGAGAAACCAGCACCCUCUGAUCAGGCAUUCUGCCUAGUGAAUGUUUUAGCUGCUGACAGAAUCCACCUCACAGAUGAAAGUGUUCUGGAAAAGCUGAAAAAUAUUCGUCAUGAAGUCAAAAAGCUUGGGUUGCCCCAGGUCAUUGUCAUGACAAAUGUGGAUCAAACAUGUCCAGUGGUGAAAACUAAUUUACAGAGGGUCUACUACAGCAAAAAAAUCAAAGAGAAGAUGGUAUGGUGCAGUAAUGAAGUGGGUGUUCCAAUGUGCCACGUCUUUCCAGUGAAGAACUACCACGAGGAAAUCGAAACCAAUGAUGACAUGGAUGUCCUGAUUUUACAGGCAUUAACUCAAAUUAUACAGCUGGCGAAUGACAAUGUAAAGACUCGUUUGGCUAAGUGAUCAUUCACAAAAGAAUUAUGCCUAAUUAUGGUAUUUUGAACAAAAUAUUGUUUGGG